AUGGCUGAGGAUCCUCAAUGUACAUGGACUAAGUAUCAAGUUAAUGUUCAUGGUGGGAACAAAACUUAUGAUAACUUUAGGAAAGCAUGGUAUCAGCAGGUAGAGAUUGAAAAAUCAACUACGGAAACAGAAGUAGAAGAACACGAAGUCUUAAGACAUAAAAGAACUAAAAAGAUGCCAUCUUUGAAAAAUAAGUCUGUAUUUGAUGUAUCUGAUGAAAGCGAUAAUUCCAGAAAUUCUGAUAGUUGUUUUGAUGUAAUGGCUUCAUCUUCCAACCAACAUUUAACAGUAACUAUUCCGGCUGCACCGAUAGGUAAAUUAGCUUCAACUAGUAGUUUUUCACCAACAGUUGGAGUAGAGUCUGCAUAUAGUCUGGAUUACACAGAAUUGAUGCCAAAAAUAUCAAAACAAACCAUUCAAACUGCUCAUUUGUGUUCUGCAUCAGACAUUUCACCUAAGCAAAGCAAUUCAAUAGACACAUUAAGUGAGAUGGUUCUUCAACAAAAUAAUGGUAAUAAUACUUAA